UCAGGCUGAGUUCUGUCCCUGUCCCACACAGAACAGCGGACAGAGCGGACAGAGCGAGGCUCUGGGGAUGUUGCUGGAGGUUGUGCUCCGCGGGGCUCAGACGAAAUCUUCCGUGAAUGAAAGAAAUGCUUCCAAGCAAACAGCCACUACCAGAACAACUGUGUGACCAGGAGAAAGAGGCCAGGGCGUGUGAGUCCCCAAACCCUGAAGCCACAGGAGCCCAAGGCGGAGACUGGAGAGAAGGUAUUUCCAGCCACGCACAGUGACCGACCAGCCGAGGACCCAUCUGAGGACCCACACUGGAGUUCUGCUCUGCAACAGUGAACAGUGAAGGUCUCCAAAGAGAUGGAGCUCGAGGCUCACAACGACUCCAGCAUCUACUACGAUGAGUACCCCGAUGACUUUGGCUACAUCAUGGACAUGGAGGAGCUGGUUCCGCAGGAGGCCAAGGUGGCCCCGGUCUUCCUGGCCGUGAUCUACAGCCUGGUGUGCUUCCUCGGGAUCCUAGGCAACGGCCUGGUGAUCGUCAUCGCCACCUUCAAGAUGAAGAAGACGGUGAACACCGUGUGGUUUGUCAACCUGGCAGUGGCCGACUUCCUGUUCAACAUCUUCUUGCCGAUCCACAUUGCCUACGCCGCUAAGGACUACCACUGGGUGUUCGGGAAGGCCAUGUGCAAGAUCAGUAACUUUCUGCUCAGUCACAACAUGUACACCAGUGUCUUCCUGCUGACCGUCAUCAGCUUCGACCGCUGCAUCUCCGUGGUGCUUCCCGUCUGGUCCCAGAACCACCGCAGCGUCCGCCUGGCCUACAUGACCUGCGCAGCCGUCUGGGUCCUGGCUUUCUUCUUGAGUUCCCCGUCUCUCGUCUUCCGGGACACAGCCUACGUGCAGGGGAAGAUAACAUGCUUCAACAACUUCAGCUUGGCCGCCGUGGCCGAGUCUUCCCCACACCCCACCCACUCGAGAAUAGUUUCUGCAGGGUACAGCAGACACAUGGCGGUCACCAUCACCCGCUUCCUCUGCGGCUUCCUGAUCCCCGUCUUCGUCAUCACGGCCUGUUACCUCACCAUCGUCUUCAAGCUGCAGCGCAACCGCCUGACCAAGAACAAGAAACCUUUCAAGAUCAUUAUCACCAUCAUCGUCACCUUCUUCCUCUGCUGGUGCCCCUACCACACCCUCUACCUCCUGGAGCUCCACCACACAGCUGUGCCUGCCUCUGUCUUCAGCCUGGGGCUGCCUCUGGCCACCACCAUCGCCAUUGCCAACAGCUGCAUGAAUCCCAUUCUGUAUGUCUUCAUGGGCCACGACUUCAAAAAAUUCAAGGUGGCCCUUUUCUCCCGCCUGGUCAACGCCCUGAGCGAGGACACGGGACCCUCCUCCUAUCCCAGUCACAGGAGUUUCACCAAGAUGUCCUCAUUGAAUGAGAAGGCUUCGGUGAAUGAGAAGGAGACCAGUACCCUCUGAACCUUACCUGGGAAUGUCCCUGUGGGCAUCACAGCCCAGGGAUGCCCAGAGACACCCAGGGACUUGUCUCCUGAAGUUGGAGACACACCGGGAGCCUUCGGGUAUGCUCCAGUGCCCACUACGUUUUGCACAAGGAGGCUCAUGUUUUGAGUGGGGUCCCCAAGCGUGGACACUCUUCCAACAAGACAGCAGGCAAGCAACCUGAGCCUCUGCAGCAGGUGUAGGGGAUGGACUUUGACUGACUCAGAAAAGGGAGGGUCUCUGAAGCCAAGACUUUGGAUUUUAGAAGAAUAGGGAGGUCCAGGACCUGAGGGGCUUCAUAGAACCUUGCAAGGACAAUACAGGGCUGCAUGUGUGUGUGUGUGUGUGUGUGUGCAUGUGUGUGCACUGUGUGUGCAUGUGUGUGUGUGUGUGUGCAUGUAUGUGUGCAUGCGUGUGCAUGUGUGAGCAUAUGUGGUGAAGAGGUGGAGACAGCAGAGAACCCCAAAGGAUGUGGGUACAGGAUAUCUCAUACCAUCGUGCCACAGGAAGACGGAGCUAUGGCGGUGGACGCCUGGGGAUUCGGGUGGUGGCAACUCUUUGCUCCAGUGUGUAAACUUACCUAGCACUGAACCCUGAGGCUGGGUGGGAACCUCUUCACAGAAGCCUCCAUCCCAUCCCCAUCUCAGGGUCUCUUUUGCCCUGGAGACUGGUCUAGAAUGGAGUUUUGGGACUCCAUCUUCAGAGUGUCUUCCAAAGGCUGUCUGUGAAGCUGACCAGUUCAUCUGACUCCUCCUCUGACACACUUCCCAAGUGUGGCAUUACAGCCCCACGGGCAGCCCAGGAUCAGGCUUCCCUGCCCUGGCAGGGAAGUGACUCAACCAACCCCCCACAGACCAUUCAUCAGUAAUAAAGACCCGAGCCCAACUC